AUGGCACAGCCACCUGACCCGUACGGUAGAGAUCUCUAUGAAAUUCUCAAGAUAUGGGUUCCUACUCAUGGGGUUAUAAACGUUUAUCGAAAGCCUGCUUUUAGAUGCGGAGGUAGGAAAAAAUUUUAGCUGCUUGUUCGAAAAGAGCGCGGGAACAAUUGCUCUAACACAUUUGUUUCGAUUUCCAGAGUACCAUGUCGAUAAUGGAUGGCUAUUCCAAGGUCCCAAAUCUAAUGGCUACGGCAUAGAAACGUUACGAAUUUUGCCUUCCCACGGAGGUGUCAUUGAAAUAACAAGGGACAGUAGCCUUCCGGCUGUUCAGAAUAAAUAUACAAUAACUCCGGCCAAUCUAGCCGUGGAUGCAUCUACAGUCAACGUUGAGAAUUGGUGAACCAGUAUAGACG